GAGGUAGUUGAUUCACGUGUGAUAAUAAUAAGUUUAGUUUCAAAAUAUAUGGAAAGUAAGUGAAAAAAGGAAGAUUUCGCGCGAUAAUCAAGUAAUUGCAACCCUUGUCCGACGAUUGUGAAAAAAUUCAUUGAAGCCCGCUGCGUAAAUAGAGCGCAAUUACCGUGGUGUUUGUUUGUGUAAUUGAUUAACCUUGUUUUCCGUGUGUGUUGGGCGCCAAAAUGGACAUGGGGUUAUUCAGGGAUGAGGAGCGUUUCCCAACGUUCGACUCAUUGGAUGAUUAUACGAACACUUCAAGCAGCUUGCACAAUGAGCAAAAUUCUGAUUUUUGGGAACUUGAUGCUGAAAUUGAAAUUAAUGGAGAUUUGGCCCUGAUUCCAAUGUCGAGUAAUUUAUAUGAUUCCUUAAACAAUAUGAGCACUUCCCCAAACAUUAAGGAAUUAUUAAUGAAUGAUUGGCACCAAUACAUGAGUAUAGAGAACGGCCAUGAAGAGUUCGUACUGGACGGUACGAUAAGUAUCGAGAACGGAGACCUUCUCGAGACCAAUCCAGUCGAUAUUUUCGACGUAACUCCGCCAACCAACUUUGACAUAACUGAGUACAUUAACGAAACUCCGCAAAGCGCCGCUAAAGACGAAAAUUUUGAAACGAAACAGCCUAUUAUUGCACAGAAAAAACCUGGCGCCGGAGUAAAAAAGAUCGACUUCAAAGCCCAGAGGUACAUCGUCGAAGAGGACGAUGAAAGCGACGGUGACAGUGAUUCUUCUUCGGAAAGCGAUGAGGAAGAUGAAGACGAAGAACAUCAAAGUGAAGAAAUCAAAAAUGAGGAGGUAAAAACUGAAACAGUCGAUCCGGAAGAUGACGUAGACGUAGAAACGGUUUCCGAAGGUGAGGAAUCUGCUCCGGUUUUGGAAGCGGUCGAUUUGAAAUCGUUGCUCGAACAGUUCGAGGCGACGCAAAUCCCGGAAAACAAUAAAAGUCUAUUGGAUGACAACGAUACGGGCCAGGUUAAGUUUGAGAAAGGGUUUUCCGAAAUAUCUGCCAUUGAAGAUUUUAUGGAAGAACGUAAAGAUGUCAAGGACCCUGAAAUGGUCCUGCAGAUAAAACCGAUUGCCAUUAAGACAGAUACUAAAGAAACUGAUACGGUUUUGCAAAAUAAACCUAUUUCCAUCAAGGCAGAAAAUAAUGACACCGUAAUUAAAGAAGAGCAGUCUCCCGUGAAGAAAGAACCAGUCGCCACAAAUUUAUCAAACACCAUCAAGAAGCCUACCUCCACAUCAACGGACCCCAAGCAAAACAGCGCCAUACUGGAUCAGCUGCCGAAAGAGUUGAUAGCUCGCAUAAAAGAGUCCGGGAAACGCAAGCCCAUUUCCCUAAUCCCGCCCAUGCCUAGCCGCAGCAAAAGAGGCAGAGCCCCAACGGCAGAGCAGAAAAAAAUUGUCUUGGAAAAACCGCCGGACGCGAUUAAAUUGGAUCACGAUUAUUGUUCGGUGCCGACUGGUUACUCGAAGAACCCCAAGAAGGAUUCCGGUUUCGAAUCGUCCGAGGAGGAUGACAGAGUGAACAUUAAACAUCAACCGAUUGUUAAGAAUGAGGAUGGUAAAUUGAUGGUGUCGUUGCUAAAAGUGAAUACCAUUCACGAGACGGCAAAACGCAAGUUAAAUUUGGAAGACUACAAAAAACGGCGCGGUGGUGUUCUGAGAAAAACGAUUUCGCAAGGAGGAUCGCCGCAAAGCAGUGCCUACAGCUCCCCCAUACCGGAAGACGAAAACAUUAAAAUCUUGAAGCACCAAGAAAAGUUACAAAGAAUGGCGAAGGAAGUCCUAAAAGCAGCGCCAAAAUCAGAAACAACAACUCCAAACAACAAUAAUAGUGACAACAACGUGACUCCAGAGAAGAAAAACAAAGUUGUAUUACCUCCAAACCCUCCAGACAUGGUCAAAAAAACCGUCGUUAGUAUAGGCGUCAAUACAGACUUCGUUACAAUUGAUAAAGACUUCAAAAAGGGGAAAACAGAUGCUUUAGCUCCAGUUCAACAGCUGGAGAAAAUAAAACCGCUGCUUGAAAAAGUCAGCGGCCAAAUCAGCAGAAACUCCCUAAUUACAUCGGUAAUCGAGAAUAUUCCGAAAAUAAUAAACAACACUAAAGCAGCUAGCACCAACACUACGCCCAAAACUAAAACUUUGGAGCACGGUGAAGAUAAGACGAUUCUGUACCUUCCGAAAGAAGGUAGCAAAGUGAAAACCGUUUCGAUAGGCAUACAGACGAACAUUUCCUUGCUCGCGCAAAACAAACAGAGAAGAUAUCGAAGAAGGAAUUCUUCUACGUCCAGUUCCAGUUCGGAGUGCUCGGUGGAUCGCGCUGAAACUCACUAUAGCAGAAAAAGGAAAAUUUCCACUUCUUCGAGCUACUCCAAUUCAUCCAGAUCUAGCUCUUCUUCCAGUUCAUGUUCAUCCAGGGGAUCUUCCAGAUCGAGGUCGAGAUCGAGGUCCCGUUCCCGGUCUCCCGUGCAAAAGUCCAAGCGAAAAAAUCGCAAAAUCGACGAGGAGCAUUUGAAGGAGGUGGAGGAACGGCGCGUCGUUUACGUUGGUCGCAUAUCGUCCACGACCGGCAAAGAGGAUUUGCGCAAGCGCUUCGCCCGUUUCGGUCCCAUCACCAACGUCAGCCUGCACUUUAGGGACCAGGGGUACAGAAAAAAUGAGCACGUUAACGGCUUGGAUAACUAUGGAUUUGUUACUUUUGCAAACAAAUAUGACGCUUAUGAAGCUCUAGAACAUGGAAAUGAUGAACCGUAUUUUCCAAAAUACGAUAUCAGUUUUGGGGGUAGGAGAUUGUUUUGUCAAAGUGCUUAUUCAGAUCUCGAUAACGUUAGAGAUGAGGGCUUUCCGUCGCAAUCCGCCAGAGGUGGCGAUAAUUCGUUUGACAUGCUAUUAAAGCAAGCGCAAGAAAAGUUGCGCAAGCGCAAAGCUUGACACUUGCUUUUCUCAUUAAUAAUCUUUAUUAUCGAAUUCUUAGACCAAUUAUUUUUGCAUUUUUUCAUUAUCACCACCAGUUUCCUAUUAUUUCGUUUAUUAUUAUAUUAUUAUUAUUAUUUUGUAUACCAUGUUUAUGCAAUGUUAUUUAUUGAACUAAGUUUAUAAUUGUAACAAUUCUGUACAUGACGUAAUACAUUAAGGAUUUUUUUUAUUGAUAAUUGAACUUUUUUUCGUAAAAUUUAGUACAGCAAUAAUGGACCACUUCCAUUUAAUUUUUUAUGCGUGAUUUUACUACAUGAACUUUUUUUCCCUUAAACGGGCUGUGUAUUACGGAAAACUACCUAAGUAUCAAUUAUUUUGUAGCCUCGACUGACUCUUACAGAUUAUCAGUUUAGCCAAUUUUAUUAUUAUUUUUUUAAUCAAUUUUUCUGUGAGAAAUGCUACAAGUCACAAGAAAAACUAUUACUUAUUAAUCGGUAAUUUUAAUUCAAUAACCCUGAAAAAAUAAUUGGUGCUUAAUUAAUACUGUUUAAAAUAGUAUUCUCAACAAAUGUUAUAGCUUUAUUUACUUCUCAAACUACCUCUAUUUAAACUACUUAAAGCGAGUAAUAGUUUUUCUAGUAUACCAUAUCUUUUAUUUAAUUUUUGUUAUGGAUAUUUUGCUAUAUAAAAUAAAAAGUACAUAAAAAGG